AUGAUUUCAUCCCGACACAGCCUCUUGAAAAAUAAUAUGAAAAGACAUUUUUCUGGUAGUUCGACGAACAAAAAUGACUUGGCAUUGAAAUAUUUUCAUGGUAAUCAUCGUGAAAAGUUUCCAUUGGAAUCACCACUUCCGAAGCCCGAUUUGUUUUUAGAUUUGGUGAAUAAUUUGAGCCUCGUCGAGUAUCAUAGUAAUGCGAUCAGCCAAUGGAACUUUGAGAGCAAUAUAACCAACGAAACGAGAGCAGCAGCGCUAAGUUCUUCGGAGCGGCUUGCCGGAUUCCAGAGAUUAGUUUGGCGAGCAGCCACGCAGUACGACUGGAGAAAUUUCAACGAAUCUACUAGCUGGAAGAGGCAGUUCGAGAUGCUUUCUGUUCUUGGUGUAGCAGCCUUGUCUGAUAAGAAAUUCACGAGGUUGGAUACACUGAUUAAUGAAAUGGAAACGUUAUACGGUACAGCAACCAUAAACCUGUACAAAAAGCCUGAAAAGAAAUCGCGAAUGAGCAAUCACAAAAAAUAUCGACAAGAAGAAAAAAGUAGACAAAAAGUGUUGCACAUGAAACUUAUGGGAGGAAAGAAAAAAGACAAAGUAAAUGCCAAAAAAUCUAAACCCCUACCAUUUCACAAAGAUACUUUGAAGCUGCACUUGCACACAGAUAUUCAGGAGAUCAUGGCGACGUCCGAAGAUCCCGAAGUGUUGGCGUACGUAUGGAAAGCUUGGCACGAUGCCACAGGUAAGAGGAUGAAGAAGCAAUAUGUCGAGUAUGUUGGGCUGAUGAAGGAGGUGGCUCGGUUGAACGGAUUUCCAUCAGCUGGAAAAUAUUGGACAAGUUCCUACGACGAUCCAGACUUUGAGGUUACAGUAGAAAAACUUUGGAAGGAAGUAAAGCCUCUUUAUUUACAACUACAUGCUUACGUGAGAAAUCGAAUUCGAGCCAAAUACGGAACUAAGAGAGUACCGAAGAGCAGUAAUUACAUACCGGCACACUUGCUAGGAGACAUGUGGGCUCAAUCAUGGAUUCAUAUACAAAAAUAUGCUCUCCCCUAUCCGAAACUUAGUGGACACGAUUUAACGGCUGCACUCCGGAAAAAAAAUUAUACACCGUUAAAAUUUUUCAAACUUUCCGAAGACUUUUUUCACUCGAUUGGUUUUACGUGGCUGCCCACGGAUUUCUGGACUAAUUCAAUAAUAGAACGUCCCAAAGACAAGCGGGAGAUGGUUUGCCACGGUUCCGCUUGGGACAUGUUCAACGGCAAAGACUUCCGGAUCAAGAUGUGCACUCGCGUUACAUACGAGGAUCUUGUAACAGUUCAUCAUGAAAUGGGUCACGUGUACUAUUACAUCGAAUAUAAAGACCAACCUGCAGUUUUCCGGGAAGGUGCUAAUCCUGGAUUCCACGAGGCGAUAGGUGACACUAUUGCCCUCUUAGUGUCCUCACCCAUCCACACAUCAAGGUUGGGUUUGACCAAGACCGAGACGUACGACGUACACGGUGACAUGAAUUUCCUGUUUGCGAUGGCCCUGCAAAAGGUUGCUUUUUUGCCGUUCGCAUAUUGCGUCGACAAAUGGCGAUGGAUCGUCUUCGGCAACAACACCUUGCCUGACAACUACAACGGUCUUUGGUGGCAAUUGCGAGCAGAGAUUCAAGGCAUAGAACCACCCAUCGACCGGACCAAGGACGAUUUCGAUCCUGGAUCCAAAUACCACAUUGCUGCAAGUGUGCCAUACAUCAGGUACUUUGUUAGUUUUAUCAUACAAUUUCAAUUUUUGGAAGCUGCUUGCCUCGCUUCAGGCGGAUACGAGCCAGGUAAUCCUCGAAGACCUUUGCAUCGAUGUGAUCUUUAUGGCAAUAUUGAAGGUGGUCUAGGACUGAGACAAAUGAUGAAGCUGGGAUCGAGCAAACCGUGGCCGGAUGCGAUGGAGAAAUUCACCGGAUCUAGGACAAUGCAGACGAAAGGUCUUCUCGCUUACUUUAAACCUUUGUAUCACUGGCUGCAGAAUGAAAAUCGUAGAAGAAACGAGACCGUCGGAUUUUAGUUUCCAAAAAAUACUUUGUGAAAAGUUUGGCUCAAUCG